AUGGUGAUAGGGGAUUUUAAUAAUGUGUUAAAUGUUGCUGAUAUAAUAGGGGGUAAUGAUAUUCACAUUGUAGAGUACUCAGGUUUGGCAUAUAUGAUGGAAGAAACUGAGUUACACGAGCAUGAAACCAGAGGUAGCCAUUUCACUUGGUCAAAUAAACAACCCAAUGGGAUGAUUUACUCAAGAACUGAUAGGGCCAUUUGCAAUGAAGAAUGGUUCCUAGCUUAUCCUAGAUGUGAUAUUGAUGUCUUAAAUCCACACAUAUAUGAUCACUCCCCACUUAAAGUGCAAAUGAUGAUUACCAAUUCUGAGAUAACUAGGUAUAAAGCAAGGUUCAAAGUUCUGAACUGUACAGUUGAGAUACUUGAGUUUAUGGAUAUCAUAAUUGAUAACUGGAAUGGAAUAGAUUAA